UUAAGAUAGCCAAGUGUGUAAUUAUUGGCAGUUGAUACUAAGUUUCUAAAUCUUUUGGCUAAAAAUAGUUCACCAUGGCGCGCUUGAAACAUUUAUAAUUUUUUUUUUGUCUAAACAAAGAGGUGUGUGUAAGGAAAUAGCGAAUUCUUUUUGCGGUUGAUAAAUCUUGAACAUCAAGCUACAAUCCAAGUGCAUAAAUUUGUUUUUGUUCUUUAAAAAUUGUGUCAAUCAAAAUUUUACUAUCAAAAUGUCGCGUACAAGUAAUUUAGAGACUAAACAGUUUAACUGUUAAUUUAAAACAAUAAAAAAAAUUAAAAAGAAUUUAUACAACACUAGAAUAUUCCAUACGAAUAUAAUUGAAACUGCACAAGAAACUUGUGUGUGUGCGUGUUUGUCGUUGUGCGUGUGUGUGUUUCGGGCAGUGCAAUAGGAAACUGGAAGUAUUAGGCUGGAAAGCUCGCCGUUAACUGUAUCACAUUCCAUUGGAAACGUAUCUUAGUAGCUCACGCGAACUAUCUCGCUCGCUCUCACGCCUCGCACUCUCACUCUCUCUAUCCAUUGUCGAUUGCAUCUGUUCGAGUUGGGAUAACGGUUAAGUGCCUAAUGGCAAGUUCGCUAAACAAGACGAGACACAGGCGCAGAUUGGCUGCGAUCUCGUUUCUAUCGAAUAUCUCAUUAGAUGGCACACAUCGGGACACAAAAUUUGGCGCAACAUUUGGCAGCAGCAUCUGCACKCAGCAGCAGCAGCAGAAGCAUUACAACAACAACAACAAUAAUAACAGCAGCAGCAACAACAGCAAAGGCAACGCAGCGGCAGCGUUGGGACUCGGCGCCGGCGGUUAUCAUCAGCAUUAUCAACGAAAUCAUCAGCAGCGCAGCAGCCAACCACAGCAGCAGCAGCAGCAACAACAACAAUACCACCACCAUCAACAACAACAACAUCAGCAUCAAAAUGGUAAAUGCGGUGGCAGCGCCUCAGCAGCGCUUCUGCUCUGCAGCGCCGAUGUGCAYAUGGGCAGCGGCAGCGACGCCAGCGUCGGACUGUGCGGCCUGGACGACUGCAAUGCCGCCGGAGUUGGCGGUGGCAGCGAUGGUGAUGGUUUUAGUGAAACUGAAAAUAUGGGUCAAUACCUGAUGAAUGUAAGCGAUCCGCCCAUCCAGGCUGAGAGACGCAACAUAAAGCGGCCCACCUCCUGUGGCCGCCAGCAGCAGCAGCAGCAAACACCGAAAUCGGGACGCAUCAAGCAGCAGCAGCAACGUGGCGGCAGCGGCGGUUCUGGUGCUGAAAGCGGCAGCGAUUCCGACAGCGUCAAGAUACCGCUGAAGGUCUCCAAUUUGGGCAGCGGCUUAAAGCUAUUGCCGCUACGAGAACGAACCUUCAGCAAUGGAGCUAGCGAACAGAGCUUGCAGCCAGAGAGACGUGCCCGUCUGAAUACUGCACCUGGAAUGCGAGGAAGCAAUGCCGGACUCAUUGCAACUAGCGGACUAAAACGCAACUACAACAUUCGAAGCGGUUCUAGUGCCAGUCAUAUAACGGAUGACAGCAGCACCGAGAGUUUGGCCCCUGCCACUGGCAGUUUUCGCAACAGUUUCGGUAAAUCCGUGCAGAUCACUGAUGGACGUCGAGCUCCGGGUGUAGGAUUGGGACAACGCAAUGAGCGCAUUUUGUUGGUAUCACAAAAGGUGCCAUUUUUUAUAUUCUCAGCAUUGCCGUACUACAAGGGCAAAAAUGGACGUGCCGAGAUACGCAAGGAGGAUCGUCGACGUCGCAACCCAUCCACUUCUCGCCCCUUGAGCUCCAUUAACGAUGCUCCCUUCGACCCCUUCGAUUUGCUAGGCAUAAAGAAAGCUGAAAGUGGCCAGGAUAUUUCGUACGGACACUUGCUGGUACCAUCGCGUCAAUAUGAGAAGGACCGCAAGAAACACGGCAAUGCCUCGACCAAUCCCUCUAUAUUUGAGAAUCAAAUGGAGAUAACGAGCACAGCAGCUCUCAGAAAUCAUGGCAUAGCGAGCACAAAAACCAUAACCAAACAUCAAGGCAAAUGGUGCUUCACCUAUGAGAACAACAAUCGCAAUAAUACCACAGCGAGUCCAACGCCCGAGAUGAAACUCGAUAUGGAUAUGGAGAGCAUGAUACUCAGUGGAACAGAUGCAGGUCGUGGUUUGCCUUAUCAACAAUAUUCGGCGAGCAUCCUAGAUGAUCCAGAGUUAAUAGCGGGCAAGCAUCGCACAUUGUUGACCUUCACCUCGUACAUGACUUCGGUCAUUGACUAUGUACGUCCGUCGGAUCUGAAGAAGGAGUUGAACGAUAAGUUCCGUGAAAAGUUUCCAACCGUACAGCUGACCUUAAGUAAACUGAGGAGCAUCAAGAGGGAGAUGAGACGCAUCAAUAAACUGGAUUCGCGCAUCGAUUUGGUCACCAUAUCGCAGGCCUAUGUCUACUUCGAGAAGCUAAUUCUAGCCAAUCUGAUAAAUAAGAGCAAUCGCAAGCUGUGUGCCGGCGCCUGUCUCCUGCUCAGCGCCAAGAUGAACGAUGUCAAGGGCGAUGCUCUGAAGAGUUUGAUUGAGAAGACGGAGAGUGUGUUUCGUUUGAAUCGCAAGGAACUGAUAUCCUCGGAGUUCGCCGUGCUCGUGGCGCUCGAGUUCAGUUUGCAUGUGCCAAUGCAUGAGAUCUUGCCGCACUAUCAACGCUUGCUCUACGAAUCCUAGAGUUGGCCCACGCGCUGCGCCGAAGGUUAUCUGACGGCGGCAGCGCAGGCGGCGGUUGCCCUGGCAGCGGCCACGACGCGACAUCAUUUGAGGCGCAAAGGCAGUCGCAAGUAG